AUGCCAAACCCGAACGCUACUGAUGACGACGAUGAAGACAUAGAUGAAACAAUAGAUGAAGAAGAGGAAGAAGUUGAUUUGAGUAUAUUACCAGAUGAUUUAAAUGAACGACCUGACUGGUUAUUGUAUAUGGGUAGAAAUCAAAACACAUAUUUAUCACCAAUCGAUAUCAGUAUUGGACGUACAGAAACAUUAUUAUUGAAUCCAUUAAAAUGGGUUAAUUAUGAUACAGAACCAAGGAAAAUAAAAUUAUCUAACACAGGUUAUACAGUUAUAUUAUGCGCUAAUUGGCAUGUAAAUGUUAAACGCCCGCAUUUGCGUUCAGGACCAUUUAGUGACACUUACAUAUUUUCACAAUUACAUUUUCAUUGGGGGCAGAAUGCUAUGGAAGGUAGUGAACAUUCAAUAGAUGGUAUGAAAUAUCCUAUUGAAAUGCAUGCCAUACAUUAUAAUGAAAAGUAUGGUUCACAAGAAGAAGCUUCUUUACAUUCAUUAGAUGGCUUAUGUAUCGUAGUUUAUUUCUUUCAGCAAGCAAAUACACAUGUAAUCAUUAAAAAUUACUCAUUAUUGAAUUUGAUUGAACCAUUUGAAAAUGAUUAUUUAUUGUAUUGGGGCUCACUUGUUGCUAAUCGCAAAACUUAUCCAUUGAUGUGGAUUAUUUGUAGACAACCAAAGCCAGUAACAAUGGAACAGAUACACUACUUUCGUGAAAUAUUAGAUGCAAAUGGUGAGAAAUUGUUACAAAAUUUUCAUACAAUUCAAUUAGUUAAUGAAAAUGGAGAUGAAAUUAUUGAUGAUCGACGAAUAUUUCAUAUCAAUCCAAUGUCAGAAAUAAGUAGUACAGAUGACACAACAUAUUAUUAUCGUUCAACAUAA